CCUUACUCGAGGCUGGCAAUUUGUCUUUGGAGGAUUCCUUCGAUCAGCCGAGGACCAGAGGUUUGAGUAUUGAAUACUAACAGAUUGACCAAGAUCAUUUCAGCGGAAAUGUCUACCCGACGAAUAUCUGCAUUUCUGGUUUUCCUGUUGUUGGUUACUCUGAUGGAAGAGGCAAAACCUGUACUUGGAGGGAAAGGAGGAGGAAAAUUUUCGAAGCUAUCGAACAGGGUGAAGGAGCUGGAGGAGAGCAUGGAGGAACUAGGAGAAUGCAAAGAGGCUUGCUCGAUGAUCUCUGAACUAAAAGAGCGGCUUACUGCUGUAGAGGGAGAGAUUGAAGAGCUGAAGAAAGAACCGCCGACAAACCCCCCAACAAACCCCCCUCCACUGGCUCCAGAGUGUGAAGGCUACAAAGUUCUGGACAGCGCUGACAGGAAGAAUACCUACGGUAUGGGCAAUGCAGCAUGUGACAACAACAUGGAAGAAGCGUGGUACCGCUUCACCGGAGCCGCAGGCUCAAAGAUGCCAGAGUCAUCACCGAAUAAAAACAUGUGUGGCACGCAUGCACCGGGGUGGCUGAAUGGACAACAUCCAUCCGUUGCUGAGGGAAAGGUAUCCAGACAAGUUUGUUUCAACUGGGAUGGCAACAGUUGUAAAUGGCAAGCCAACAUUGAAGUACUAAACUGCGACUCGUUCUUUAUCUACAAACUGGUGAAACCGCCCACUUGCCAACUCCGUUAUUGUGGCAGUGACUAAAGGAUGAUGGGCAAUUAAAACUGAAGCACGUCACACGUUUACCGCUGAACCUUACAAUCAGAUUUAUUAAAACUUCACAAGGGAAAGGGGACGUAUACUUAUAUCAGCCUUAGUACUUGAUAUCAGCUGGUAGCAUAAGUUCUUUCUGUAAUGGGGACUUGAAUGAUUGAAAAGAGAAAUAAAGAAUUCAUUAUUGGCGCGGGAAAAGUCUGCAAUAAAAGUGUUCGGGAAUCACGACAAUCCUCUAAUUAAAUUUCAAAACGAAAUAAGGAGGUGUCUUUUCAGCAUUAGGGCUUCAGGUGUUUGCAGUCAUCUUUGCUCAACCGGGGUGAUAAUGCAAAAAUAAAGUAAAAAAAAAGUGAAUAUAGAUGGUAUGUUUGGGCUUUUAUCUGGAGAUAGUAUUCAAUAAAGAUACUCGGCAAUUGAAAAACGG